UGCACGUUGACAGAUUCAAUUCAAAGUAUAAUAUAAAAUGGGUGUGAAGGAUUUGUGGAACAUUUUGUCGCCUUUGUGCGAGAAAAAACCGCUAUACGAAUUACAAGGAAAGACAAUUGCUAUCGAUUUAAGUGGAUGGGUUGUCGAUAGUCAAACAAUUGUUGAUAAUGCAGUACAGCCAAAGAUGUAUUUGAGGAAUCUAUACUUUCGUACAGCAUUUCUUCUUAUGCAAGGAAUAUCUCCAGUGUUUGUACUGGAGGGAAAGGCACCUAUCCUCAAACAUAAAACCAUUGCACAUAGAAAUGAUGUUCGUAACGGAUUUCAGAAAAGGAAAACUGCAAAGAAAGGAGGCAGAACUCAGUUUAAUAGAAUUCUAAAUGAAUGUAAAGAAAUGUUGAGAUAUAUGGGUAUUAUCUGCAUACAGGGUCAAGGAGAAGCAGAAGCUAUGUGUGCUUACUUAAAUGAAGAUGGGCUUGUUGAUGGCUGUAUAAGCCAAGAUAGUGAUUGUUUCUUGUAUGGUGCAAAAACAGUCUAUAGAAACUUUUGUACAAGUACUCAAGGAAAUUGUGGAGCUACAAAUGGUUCUGUAGACAUCUACAGUAUGGAUAAGAUAGAAAAGACAUUGAACAUAGGACGAAACAAAAUGAUAGCAUUGGCUUUAUUGUGUGGCUGUGAUUACGAUGAAGGAGUGAAUGGUGUGGGGAAAGAGGCUGCUCUAAAAUUUUUUAAGAUCGUAGAUGAUAGAGAUAUCUUAAAAAGAAUUCAACAAUGGAGAACUGAUACAAAUUUAGACACAGUUGAAUCAAAUUUACUAAAUCCAAAUUUAUGUACAUCGUGUGGUCAUCAAGGAAAAUUACAAAAGCAUACAAAAUCAGGUUGCGCAGAUUGUGGUACUGUUAGAAAGUGUAAUGAUGAUUUUAGAGAAAAGAGGACAUUGAUAUUAAAUGAAGUAUCAUUGAGGAAAAAGGCACUCACUGACCAAAAUUUUCCAAACCAAGAGUUAAUAGAAGAAUUUCUUAUUAGGAAAGACUCAGUUCCAACCAGGUUGGAUAUAGAAUGGAAUCAACCUAAAGUUACUCAUUUUAUUGAUUUUAUGGAAAAACAUUUAUGUUGGGAACCUCAAUACGCAUUUGAGAAAAUAUUUACAUUAACCACUAGAUGGCAACUUUUACAUUUACCAGGACUUACACUUAAUGAACGUUUGUCCAUGUCAGAUUUAUUUAUUCCUGAUACGAUAAAGAAGAUACGUAAUAUCAGGUCUAUAGCCAGUUAUGAAAUUAUUUGGAAGAAGGAGCAUUGUGCAAUAGAAAUGUUAAAGGAAUAUAAAGAAGUAAACGAUGAUGAUAACGAUGACGUAAAAAAUAAUUUAUUGACAAGCAUUGAACCACAGGACUUGGUUUUAAAAUGCUAUCCAGGGUUAGUUGAGGUAUUUGAAAAUGCUAGAAAUGUAAAAACGAAGAAACGAACUGCAAACUCUCGGAAAAAGAAAACUACAAUAAAUGUAGAAGAAAAUAAUAGUGAAAUAAAAAGUGUCGCAAAACCACGUGAAAACAAAACAAGAAAAAAAAUUUUAAGGAGCAAAAAUAAUAAGAAGAUAGAUGAAUACAUGUCUAAGGAUCACUGUAUAUCGUUAGAAGAUUCCUUUGAGAAAAUGGCAAUCACACCAAAAAGACCGAAAAACAAAAAUAAUUUGAGAAAAGUAAAUAAAUUAAAAAUACAGGACAUGUCUGAAAACGUUGCAGUCAUAGAUAUAAACCAAAUGAAACGUGGACCACAGUUUAAAAAAGUACUAGAAGUAGAGAAAAUAAAUUCAAGGUUGAAUAACAGCAUCGAUAGGAUGUUUAAUAAACUUUCUCCCGAUGACUUUAUGAGCGAAAAUGAAGAUAACGAUUUAGAUAUGACAAGUGUAAUAGAAAACAUAUGUAGUAAAGAGUUUUUUCAAGUUAGUAUAAAAAAUUGCCAGCGUACAGGAUCUAUCGAAAAAUUUGCAGAAGAACGUAAUGUUGACGAUAAAUCUUUGAUAUCCACUAUUCAUGAAGAACAUAUUUAUCUCGAGGAUGAAAAACAAAAAUCAGAUAAUUCUGAUGAUGAAUUUGGCAAUAUAAGGGAAUCGUAUAUCCCUAUUAAUCAAAGGAUACAAAUAGAAUCAGAUAGAAAGCUUUUACAAAUGUGCAAUCAAACAGAUAAGAAGUUUAGUUUUGAUUUUGAAAAUAUUAUGGAUGAAACUAAUAAUGACUGCAUCUAGAUACGUAAUAUUAUAAAUUAUUUAAUUUCAAAUAUGUCAAAUUUAGGCUUUUAGAACAAAAUGCAUAAUAAAAAUCAAUAUUUAAUCAUUUUUAAUAGCAACUUUUUAGUAUAAUCAUAAAGUUGAAUUGUUUUAAAAAACAUAGAAAGAUUAAUAAGUAUUUCGAUUGCCUGCAUUAUCCUUAAAAGAUAUGAUUUUUCUCUCCCCAAGUCUUAUUCAGGAUAUAUGAGAUUCCUACAGACUUAAGUAAACAUGUUUGUUCUAUGAUCAUAAUUUGUGAAAAACUAUUGAUGCUCGACAUUUGUUAUAAAAGUUUCUACAUUAAUUUAGUAGGAGUCAUAAGUUAUGUAAUAACUUUUUUUAUGUUUUUUAUGUUUAUGUAUGUAUAUUUGAAUUUUUUUUGUAUCCUGCAUAAUGUAAUGAAUGCUAGAUAUAUUUUUAUACCUGACAAUACACAGA